AAUGCGCCAGUUCGUUGUUUGCCUACCGCCAAUAAACCCAAAGAAGAAGAAAGCAGCAGCAGCAGCAGAAGAAGAAGAAGAAGAAGAAGAAGUAAACGGAGAUGUUAUGACUCUCAUGGAGACGGCUCUGGCUACAACAAGGAAAACUUUUAAAAACGCACAAGUGGUUAAAACGUUUGCGUUAUAGGCGAAUUAAUAUGAGACACGAUAGCAGCCAAUAAAAUAAAAAUAAUUAAGAGUCCUUUUUGUUUUGGCUUCAUCUCAGUCAACAACCAUGGAGUAGGUAACUAGCGAGCUAACGUCACCUGGAGUUUGUUUUAACGCUUCAGCUGUGUCUCCGUCUAAACGUGCAUGACGUAAGAGCUGUGUCUCUCUCACAGGGAAAGAAAAAGUGCAACCUUAAUAUGGAAAAUAGCGCCAUUUAUGUCCGAGAAAGAGGCAGCCUGCGUCGUAUCAGCGACAUAGUCCUGGCACAGCCGAAGCCGGUGUCCUCAUGCAGGAGGACAGAUCCGUUUGCACUCCGGAAAGAGCAUUUCAUAUUCACCUACAACGCAGAGGGGAGUCUCAGAUACACCACGAAGUCUCUCUUUGACAUCACUCUGACAUUCGUCGCCAACAACAUCCACCACGUGGACUCUCUGGUGGGCUUCCCUGAGCAGAUAGGAGACAGGCUUUUUGCAGCAGCAGAGGAGAAUCGUGUGUUUUUAAACGCAGACGUCUCUACUAAAGCCCUGCAGUUAUUCAGUGAUGCAUACGGGGGGAUGGUGCUCGGAUCACUUUGUCUGAGAAAUAGAUUUCCACUCUUGCAUGAGAGGAUGGAUGAAAUAAAAACAUUCCACAGUUUGAAGUCUUUAGAUCUGUUCGGCUGCAGACUUGGUGAUGAUCAUGAGAUAUUCCAGCAUCUUUCGUCCAGCUCGUUGGCAAGCAACCUAGUUCAGCUUUUCAUUGGCGGUAACAGUCUGUCAGAUGUCGGCCUACAAAGAUUGACCUCACCUAUCCGGAUGCUGAGGAAGGGACUGGACCGUCUUCAGUUACUUGAUGUUUCCUAUAACCCUAUCUCAGUAGGGGCUCUACGAUACCUCACAUGCCUGCCCAAACUUGAAAAUCUUGAUGCAUCUGGGACCAGUUUGAAGCUUGGCACUGGAUUGAAGACAACCAUAUGGGACCUGUUGGGGCUCAUUUAUUCUGAGAAACCACUGAACACCUUUGAUCACUCACGAUGUAAAACAGAAGGUUGGGCCGAGCAGGUUGUAAACCAGUGGGAAACAAAUAACUCACAAAUGCCAAAGCAGAAGAAAAUUGAUGAAUCCAGAACAUCAGCGCUACGCUUUUUUGGCAGGCAGAAGUUUGUCAGAGACGUACUGAAUGCAGCCCCUUUGGUAUGUGAGAGCGAGGAGGAGGCCCAGACAGAGAGACUGCAUUUCUUCAGACCCGCAGCAAACGACCACAUACCAGAGAAACAGAACCCCUCCACAAGAAUUGAUCAAGGGAAGCCUUCCUGGCACAAUAUGAAAAAAAGGCAGCGUCAGACAGGAAAGCGUGACAGCUCACAUCAAAGUCCUCCAACUAAACGUUUGUCCUCCACAGCUCUUUCUGCAGAGGACAUUGACUUGUUGAACAGCUAUUGAGGUAUGCGACCGUGCAGCAUGCCACAAAGAGGGAGCAAUAUCGGUUAACCGGCAACAUUUAGGUUGUUGUUUUCCCAGAUGAGUCUCGCUAGUUAACUGUAAACACCUUCUCUUGGAUACAGGUGGUGUAUAUUUUUCAUAAAUAAAGUUUAGUA